CUUUUGCUGGAUUACUUUUGAGUUUUCUCUCUCUUUUUUUCCCAUCUCGCGUUUCUCAUCCUCUUCUUCCAAUCCUGCGCAUUUUCUCUCUCCUCAAUUCCGCACUUUCUCUCUCCUCAUUUCGUAGAUUCAUCGAUUUUCCGAUCUCUCUCUCCACUUUUUGUUUCAGAUCAACCAUGAGUGACGAGGGUGAGAAGACCUGUCCUCUUUGUGCUGAGGAGAUGGAUAUAACUGAUCAGCAAUUGAAGCCGUGCAGAUGUGGCUAUGAGAUUUGUGUGUGGUGUUGGCAUCACAUAAUGGACAUGGCUGAGAAGGAUGAGUCAGAGGGACGCUGUCCUGCCUGUCGCACUGCAUAUGAUAAGGACCGAAUUGUAGGGAUGGCUGCAAGCUGUGAAAGGUUGGUUGCAGAAGUUAAUAUGGAAAAGAAGCACAAGUCACAAAAAGCUAAGGUUAAAACAUCUGACAGUAGGAAACAGUUGAGUAGUGUUCGUGUGAUUCAAAGAAAUCUUGUCUACAUAGUAGGCUUACCUCUUGAUCUUGCGGAUGAAGAUCUUCUUCAACAUAAAGAAUAUUUUGCCCAGUAUGGCAAGGUCUUGAAGGUGUCCAUAUCCCGGACUUCAGCUGGCACCAUUCAGCAAUUUGCAAACAAUACAUGUAGUGUAUAUAUUACAUACUCAAAAGAAGAGGAAGCAAUUCGAUGCAUUCAAUCGGUUCAUGGGUUUAUAUUGGACGCCAGGCCUUUGAGGGCAUGCUUUGGGACCACAAAAUACUGUCAUGCAUGGCUGAGAAAUGUGCCAUGCACGAACCCUGAUUGUCUUUAUUUGCAUGAGAUUGGCUCACAAGAGGAUAGCUUUACAAAAGAUGAAAUCAUAUCUGCAUACACAAGGGUUCAACAAAUAACUGGGGUUACAAAUAAUAUGCAAAGACGUGCAGGGAAUGUAUUGCCUCCCCCUUCAGACGAUAAUUGCAAUAACAGCUCUGCUGUAAUAGAGAAGCCGAUUGUCAAAAUUUCUUCUAAUAAUUCAGCAAGCAUUUCAAGAGGUUCACCCCCGAAUAGCAGUUCUGGCAAAUCUGGUGCUCUGCCCCCAGCAGCAUCAUGGGGAGCACGUGUUUCCGGUUGUAGUCCUCCUUCUGUAAGCUUGGCUAGUUCAAAUGGAUCAACCAAGCAGAAAGCUGACACAAUGCAUGAGCCAUUGGUGCUGGUUCCAACAAUUUCUGAUUUCAUUCCCAGUGAUUUUGGAAAGAAACAGAAGUCUGAUGAAGAAACUAACCCAAAUCAAAUUAGAAGUAAACUGCAAAUUCCAGAUACAGCAAAGAAGCAUACUGGUAUUAAUUCUCAAAGAAAUGCUUCAGAGGUCUCUUCUAAACUUUCAGUUGCCCCAGUUGGAAAGUCGAUAAGCCAGUUAUCUUGUUCACCGGAAAGUGAUAGUGAUAUAGAAGGGCUUGAACCACUUUAUAGUGCAAAUUCUUUAGAUGGACAACAUUGUUCUUCCAGUGAAGACAAGGGGAGUAGUUCUAUCAUGGAAGGGAAGAUACAGAAACUAUGCUCUGAGAUAUCAUCUAUAAGGAUUGACAACCAGCAAAAUAGUGAAUAUCCUGAGAUCAUCAGAUCGAAUGGUUUGAGUUUGAAUAAUUUCUUAUCACCAAGGAAUCAAGGUUUAAACUGGCAUGAUUCUGAGAGAAUUAUGGAACAUUCAUCUUCUGUUAUUGCUAGCACCAGUGCUAUUGAUUCUUUUAUUAUUCCGAAAGAUGUAUCUGAUUUGCGAUUAGAUACCCAAGCUUCGGUUUUGCAUAAUCUGACUUCUGAAACGGAAGAUGAUUUUAAUAACCAAAGACUUCGGGAUGCCAUAGUCGUUAAUCAGACAGCGGUACCCUCAUCAUCUCCGCUUCAUCUUUUGAGCCAUUUAAGGGUUCCUUUACAGACACAAGGUGAUGCUGAUUGUUCAGUAAACUACACCUUAGCUCCAAAUGUAAAUAGAUUAACAGAUGAAUGUUUGGCAACAAAUGUAUCAAGUGCAUCUGAUGCUUCUAAUGGAUUCCUGGAUCGUUUUGUCAACCAUGCUCCAGAGCAGGAUAGUUCUUUCCAAUUACAAGGUCGGCAAGGGAAUCAUAUAGGAAGAUUUAACGGUGACCUUGGUAAUGCUGACUCACAACCUGCUCUGGAUACGGGAGAGAAUAACAUAAUAUCAAAUAUUCUGUCUCUGGACCUUGAUUCUUGGGAUGACUCUUUAACAUCCCCACAAAAUUUGUCCAAGCUGUUGCGUGAAGCUGAAGAGGGAUCAGUUAAAUUGGCUGGUUCCUGGAAAGGUCAAAAUAGCAACCAGUCCAGAUUUUCUUUUGCACGGCAGGAGGACCCAAGAAAUCAUAUGUUCGACAUGGAACCUUCAUUUGGCAAUAUUGGCCAGGCAGCCAAAAGUUCCUCUUUUGGCCAGGAAUUUCACGGGGGUAGAGACCCGUAUCUGGAUAGAAAUGGCAAUGGUUUUGGUUUUCCCAAGCAUAAUAUUGAGCUGUCGGAUAACUUGAUAAGUAGCCAUUCCAUUUUCCCUUCCAACAAGCUUUCUCUCUCUAGAUCUCAGAUUUCAGCUCCACCUGGUUUCUCUGCACCAAGCAGGCCUCCGCCUCCAGGUUUUUCUUCACAUGAAAGAAGUGAUCAGACUUUUGACUUGUUGAAGUCUGGAAACCAUUUAGUUGAGGCAUCUUCAUUCUUGAGAAACUCUUACCAGGCACCACCAAGUGGAAACAUAAACCCUGCUAAUGAUAUUGAAUUUAUGGAUCCUGCAAUUCUGGCCGUUGGUAAAGGCAGGCUACCUGGUGGAUUCAACAAUUCCUCUCUAGACAUGAGGCAUAAUUACCCUGUUCAGACGCCUGCAUUCGAAAAUGAUUCAAGAAUUCAGCUAUUGAUGCAAAGAUCUCUUUCACCCCAUCAAAACCUUAGAUAUGCUGAUGUUAGGGAUAACUUCUCUCCACCAAGUGAUGCAUAUGGCUUUACCUCGAGACAUAUGGAGCAGUCCCAUGCUAGUAAUCAUGCCCCCUUUUCACAAUUUUCACUCCAGCAACAGCCUAGAAAUACUGUAGUCUCUAAUGGCCCUUGGGAUGGUUGGAAUGAACGUCCAUCUGCAAAUGAUAUUGGUAUAUCAGAGCUCCUUAGGAAUGAUAGAAUGGGUAUUAAUAAAUACUAUGGUGGUUAUGAAGAUGCCAAGUUUCGGAUGACAAAUUCAGGAGAUCUAUACAACAGGGGUUUUGGGAUGUGAUUACCAUCCUAAUUCUUUUGGUUUGAGUGCCAAUUUGUGUAGAUGGAGACGCAUAAUACCCUGUAACAGAGGGUAGCCUUAUUUGGUGCAGGCAGUCUAUUUUUUUUGACUAGUCUCUUCGGGCAGCUUGACAAAAUGGAGCCUACAGCUGAUGAUGAUAUGGGGUGGGGGUGCAAUAAAUGGAUGACCACUUGCUGUAUUCUUGAGAUUGAUUUAUGUGAUUGUGCGACAUGGAUUCUAACUGGAUGUCAGCUUUUCUUUUAGAGAUAGUAUAGUUGGAAUCAUGUUUUAGAGUGGCGUUAAAUUGCACAUGCAUGUGCUGGAAGUGAAAGAGGAUCUUUCUUCUAAGUAACAGGUGUUAGGCUGGUUCAGGGUGGGACACAAGCUGUAGGUGUACUACUAUCUGGUCCUUUAUGAGAUCAUCCAUUCUGCUUUCUGCUCUCUGCUCUCUCACUCAGAUCAAUACUCCAAAAUUCUGUGAGUGAGAUGGAAGUACAAAAUUUUUGCCUUGGGUAAUGCAUUGAUUUUAAUGGGUUAGUGCUGUUGAUAAUAUGGGUAUAUACAUUAAUUAGCUUUAUCCUAGCUGUGAGUCUUUUAAUUAUGUUUUGUGAUACUGAAUUGGAAGUUAUUUUAAAAAGAUUAUGCUCGUCAAUUGACUUGAUAUA